UUCGCGACUGCUUCCAGCAUUUUUUUUGUAAUAAAUGAAAUAGGGGUUUAUUUCCUUUAUUAUUCACUUUUAACGUUCCUUUGGCUAGUAACAAGUAAUAGGAGUGUGAAAAUACAUUUAAAUUAAGAGUCGCUUAGUCUUGGUCUGCAACAUAUCGAUUCGGCGUAUAUAACGUACAAGCUAGGUUAUAAUUAGAUUUUCGGCAUUAUCCGCUAGUGUAAAUUUGAAAUGGAAAGCAUGGAUGUCGCUCAAGAAGGUACCUCGGCAGCGUCUACGCCCGUCGUGGAAAACGGGCCCGACAAGAAUGUAACGGCGGAAGAAAUGACUUCAAGAGACUACUAUUUCGACUCGUAUGCCCAUUUCGGUAUUCACGAGGAGAUGUUAAAGGACGAAGUUCGCACACUCACGUAUAGGAAUGCUAUGUACCACAAUAAACACUUAUUUAAGGGAAAAAUAGUGUUAGACAUAGGUUGCGGCACGGGCAUCCUCUCGAUGUUCGCCGCCAAGGCGGGAGCGGCUAAGGUGAUCGCGGUGGAGUGCUCCAACAUCGUGGACUACGCGCGCAAGAUCGUCGAGGCCAAUCGGCUUGAUGACGUCAUUGAGAUCAUCAAGGGCAAGGUGGAGGAGAUUGAGCUGCCGGUGGAGAAAGUGGACAUCAUCAUCUCGGAGUGGAUGGGCUACUGCCUGUUCUAUGAGAGCAUGUUGGACACAGUGCUGUUUGCACGUGACAAGUGGCUGCAGCCUGAUGGCAUGCUCUUCCCGGACAGGUGCACGUUGUUCAUCUGCGGCAUCGAGGACCGGCAGUACAAGGACGAGAAGAUCAACUGGUGGGACGACGUGUACGGUUUCGACAUGUCCUCCAUCCGCAAGGUGGCCAUCUCGGAGCCGCUGGUCGACGUGGUUGAUGCCAAACAGGUAGUUACGAAUUCGUGUCUGCUGAAAGAAAUAGAUCUUUACACGGUCAAGAAAGAAGAUCUCAACUUCGAAUCUAAAUUCCAUCUGCAAGUCCGCCGCAACGACUUCAUCCAGGCGCUGGUGACGUUCUUCAACGUGGAGUUCACGAAGUCGCACAAGCGACUCGGCUUCAGCACGGCGCCCGAGGCGCCCUACACGCACUGGAAGCAGACAGUCUUCUACUUCGAUGAAUAUAUGACUGUAAAGAAGCAGGAAGAGAUAACGGGCACGUUCUCGAUGCGGCAGAACGCGCGCAACAACCGCGACCUGGACUUCGAGGUGGAGAUCGACUUCAAGGGCGAGCUGUGCCAGGUGCAGGAGCGGAACCACUACCGCAUGCGCUGAGCCCGCACCGCCACGGUUUCUACUAGUUUUGCUUUGGUUUUUUUACAUACAUUUUAUGAUAAACUUGUGUAUUAUGGCUGCGGUGAGGUUGAAGAUACUGCCAAUAUAUUAUUCUGUAGUUAGGCGAUAACCGGUGUUCGGUAGUAUAUUCGACCAAGCUUAACGCUUUCAAUGCCAAGCACCCCAUAACCACAAAAUGAACAUACCUAGCGUGUUCCUAGCAGUGAAUGUGUUAAAAUAAAUUAACACAAAGGCAGGCUAAAAUAAGGAAGGAGAAAUACUACACGAGGAAUUUCGUAAAUUGACCGGCCUGUACGUAUCUCUAUCACGCGCGUAAUUAUAUUGCUGUCUCGCCCAUGAUUCCGGCGGUCAAUGACACUGUGCGAGCGGGAGAACAAUAUAACUAAGCGCGUGUGAUAGAGAUGGGAAUAGGCGGGGCAAUGUACAUAAUUCCUUGUGGGAAGCGUCCUUUGUUUAUCGAAUAUUUGUUUAAAACAGUAUGGCUGUGCCAUUAUAAUUUGAUGGUUGAAAAUGUCUAUUGCUAAAAACCUACAGUUUAAUUUAUGUAAAGAUUAGGUGGGUCGACACAGCGAGCAUACGCGCGAGGCAAUAUCCUCGCGCACAAAACAGCCAGUGUAGACGUGCCUCGAGGCGGUACGUUCAGGCGAGGAAAACGCGCGCGCACGUCUACACUGCAUGGCCGCCUAUACAGGUGAACCCCCGCCUAUUGGGUUUGUUAAACAGCCAAUUGUAUGAGAAUAAAGUGUAAUAAAAAUCAAAGCUACAUUGAUAGAAACGAAUGGACAUGUCCCAGUGUUCUACCGUCUUAUUUCUGAAAUUAGCUUAGUAAUUCUAUCAUAAGUAUUUGGAGCAUACAUGCCAAAACUGUUCAGCUGUUCUAAGUAAUCAGAAUGAGUUUCAUAUUUUCAUUUCACAAUUCUUAUUACUGAGACUUACAAGGUUAAAAACUUAAGAAAAGAGGCGUUUUUAAUGUUUUAUUGUAGCACAAAACGAUUUGUUUUAGAAUCGCUAGAGUUGUCUUUUACCGGGAAGAAGAUGAUUGGAUAUUUUUUUUGUGCCUUUAGACACUGUCGUUAGUCACGCUAUCUUAAAAAAAAAAAAAAAAAACAUUUAUUUCGGACAAGAUCCUUAAGUAUAAAACACUAACCCCCUUUUAGUAUUAGAACAUUGUAAUUGGCAACUAAUGUAAAAAAACCGGACAAGUGCGAGUCGGACUCGCCCACCGAGAGUUCCGUACUUAGUAUUUGUUGUUAUAGCGGCAACAGAAAUACAUCAUCUGUGAAAAUUUCAACUGUCACGGUUUUUGAGAUACAGCCUGGUGACAGACGGACAGGCGGACUUACAGCGGAGUCUUAGUAAUAGGGUCCCGUUUUACCCUUUGGGUACGGAACCCUAAAAAUUUACCUUCCAAUAAAAUUGUUAUUACGUUUCCUUAUACGUCCGAGUUAUUUUCAUUGCGCACACAUAUGUUGCAUAACGCCUUUUUUCUUAAGUUAUUUUACUUGUACUGUGCAUAUUGAGAAAUGCUAUGGGUACCUAAUGCACGAAUUGAUAAAUUUUAUUACCAUAAACGAAUACCAUAGAAUGAGUUUGCUCUAGUUUUCAUGAAAAGCGUUGAACAUACGAAGCGUUUUUCUGAAAACAAAAUGAUUCUGUCAAAUUAGAUGCUUUGUUAAGGUGCAGUAAGUUCAGAGAGCGGAGAUUUUAAAAGUCGUAACGCUUUUUUAGGUCACAAUAUGGCUGCGAAAAUAAUAAUUAGCAAUCUUGAGGCCUUUUCCGAGGCACUAUCGAUCCGACUCCCGAGUUUUUAAUUUCGCUUGGUAGUAUCGUAGGUCUAAAAUGCACUUUACAAAUUUGUAACAAAUUUUGCACGGAAGCUAAACAUAUGAAAAUUGCCUCUAAAAAUCGGCAAUAUCAUUAUUGAGGGAACUUAUAGAUUACUUUUAUUUAAACUUAAACAAAAAAAUUAAAAUCAAAAACAUGAUAUCCGCACUCCUGGACACGCACAUCCAUCUCGCUCACACUUCGUUCAGUGAGAGUGAGACAACAACACGAACUUACUGGGCCUUAAGGAAUUUUGAAGUCACAUAAUAUAAAAUGGGUUUUCAGCAUGCAAUCUGUUUUUAUUUUUGCUUUAUUUUAUACAAUAACCAUUCGCACAUACAUUUACAUUUUCGUAUGUGUAAUGUUUAAAUAAAUUUAAAUAAUGUUUCAAAAAUUAAUUAAUUUUUCAAUAUCACUGACUCCUGUUUGUUCUUUAAAAUGGUUCAUAAUAGGAAACGCGUUCUUAUUAUAAUGGUCGCUGUAUGUUUAGAAAUAAGGAUAGUUUACACUAGUAUGUAUGAGGAACUCCUGGUAUAGCUUAGUUAUUUGAGUUAGUUAUCAAUAUCAUUCGAAAUUUUACUAUCUGAGACGUAAGACGAAUCGUAAAGGUAUUGAGCUUAUGGUACGACGGCGACGGGUCCUAUUUUAUGAAGUUAAAACGCAAGUAAUAACUUUUUGUAAUAAAUAUUGAUACUAAAUUUGAUUUACAUUGAAAUGUUUACACAUAUAAUAUGGUGGCCUAAAAAUUUUAGGCAGUUGCGAUAAUUCUUUAAUAUCGAUUCGACUUUCAAGAAUAGUUAAAACUACUUAAUUUCGAUUUAAUUAAAAAUAUUCGAAUGGUAUUCUGGUUAGGCCGAAUCGGGUCGAAAUAGCCUAACUUAAACUCUGCAUUGGGUAGUUUACUCGUAUAUGCCAGUUUUACGUAUUAUUCUUGUAUUUUAGGUAUUGUCACUACGUCCAAUAUAAAACUUGGAGUGAUAGAUCUGUAAAACUACUGUUUAACCCUUUACCAGGCUAAGGGAUAUAUAUUUCCCACAUGCGGCUCUUCAAACAUGUGUUCUAUUUUCGAUGAGUAAGACUGACAUUCGAUUGUCAUUUUUGAACUGCCAGCCUGGUAAAGGGUUAAGGUCGAAGCUUGGAUAUUGGACGUAGUGAUAUGCACUCGGAUCACUAUUAGAAUACAGUUUUGGAAAAUUAUUUAAACGCCAAAGACUUAACGAAAUAAGUAAUGGCAUGACAGAAAAUAAACUUCCUACUAAACGAUGUUUGACAGCGAUUCAGGGACGAAUCAUGCUGUCCCUUUCUAAUGUAUGGCACUAUCCCUUUUGACUAUUUAGGGUUGUCAAAAUUCAAGUCAUUAUCUGUGGUUGUGCAUGCAAGGGGACGUCAAGUUGUGCCAGCCCUAAUAAUUGCUUGUAAUGCUGAGCCGAACGGAGCUGAAAAUGGCCGAAAGAAUUGGUUUCGCCCCCCACGAAUUGUUUAAACAAUUGAAUUGAUAAUACAGGAAUGUCAAUUCUAUAUUUUAAUAGGUCCGAGUGUCAUCUCAGUAGUUAAGUUUCUCAUGUUUGUCUAGAUAUGGGCGCGACCGCGAGCAUCGUAUGUAUUAUUUUCAAUAGGAGUAUUGUACGCGAUUUACUGUGAUAGUCCUGGUAAUACGCCUAGGUAUAUCUAUGAGAUUCUCAAACCCAAGCGAAUUUUGACUCUCGUUGUAACGAUUUAAAGUUGAAUUUUGAUAGCCGGCUGUGUCGGAUUUUCUACAAUAGUGCGUAGUACCGGUGGUACUCUUAAUUUUAGAGGUGCAUAAAUGAGUAAGCCAAA